AUGGCUUUGAAAAUUACCAGUUUUAUUAAUUACCAAGGUUUGAAAGAGGACUUUAGGAGUAAAAACUUUAGUGUCUAUGGACAAUGGAAUGGGAUCUUAUGUGUUAUCUUAUGUAUUGCACUAGGUAUUGCUAAUAUCUUCCAUUUCAAUGUUGUUGUUGUGUUUUCAAUCAUUUGCAUUGUACAAGGUCUGCUGCUAAUAUUUGUUGAAAUUCCAUUCUUAUUGAGAAUAUGUCCAUUAAGUGAUAAUUUCAAUACAUUUGUGAAAAGAUUUAAUCAAAAUUGGCCAAGAGCUGGGUUUUAUUUAAUAAUGUCAGCUAUCCAAUUUGUAUCAUGUGUUGCACAAGUUACUUCAUUGUUAGUUCCAGCUAUCUUCUUGUUGUUCAGUUCAAUCUUCUAUGCUUUAGCUGCUUUUAAACAUCAACAAUUCCAAAAUAGUAAUGCUAUUAUUGGUACAACUUCAGACAAUUUCCCUACUGAUGCUGUUGUCAGAGAAAUUUUAUAA